ACUGCCUCGAUGGGUGAUAAUUAACAUAACGAAAUCGGUCGUUUAGUUAUUGUACGGCACAAGAGACCAUCGACCAUCAGCCGUCGUCAUUUGGACCUUUUUUCACGAAACAUAUGUGACAGGAGCGGCAAACGUAUCAAGGUUAAUCAAUGGGGAAAUCUUAUGCCCUAUGUUGGCUAGCAUGUCUUGUGUCUUUAUUAUCUGGCGUUGUAGGUAAUAAUACUACAAACUACACAUCACAUCGUCAACCCAGACUCUCGGUCAACAUCACCRACGAACCGCUACAGCACAAAAAUGCAACACGUCCAUUGCCUCCGUCGUGGCGAGAGAUAGCAAGAAACAAGUCUAAACUGGUAGAAAGUUUACUUACAAAUUAUGACAAGCGAAUUCGUCCCUUUACAGGAGUUUGGCCUUUAGAAGUUCGUGUUGAUCUGUUUAUAUCGAAUAUCUGGGCUAUUGAAGAAGCAAGAAUGGACUAUACGAUGGACAUAUACCUUCGUCAAUACUGGAGAGAUCCACGGCUGACCUUUGACGGUUCGAUUCUUAACAAGGAAGUAUUAACGUUAAAUAGACAGACCAUCGACGAGAUAUGGAUUCCUAGUACUUACUUCUUUAACGCCAAAAAAGCUUACUUUCAUGACGUAACCACGGAAAACUAUCUUCUAAUGAUUCAACCUAAUGGAGAAGUAUUUUACAGUGUUAGGUUGACGAUAACAAUGGCGUGCAAGCUCACAUUGCAGCAAUUUCCACAUGAUGUUCAAAAAUGUGAAAUGUCUGUCGAAUCAUAUGGCUAUCAAGCAACGGAUGUCUUUUACAGAUGGAACUCUAGAAACUCGACAGGAGAUGUUGUGUAUAUAGCUGAAGAUUUAGAGAUGCCYCAAUUUAAGAUUACCAACGUUGAAUUAGAGGAAAAAACAAAUAUCUAUAAUAUCGGUCCUCAUUCAGCACUAGCGGCCAGGUUCACGUUUCAUCGUCGACUUGGUUAUUACAUGAUUCAGACUUACAUUCCCUCAAUGUUAACYGUGACAAUCUCUUGGUUCUCCUUCUGGAUAUCUCCUGAUUCUCCACCAGCCCGYGUAGGCCUGGGAAUCACUACAGUCUUAACAAUGAUUACUAUAUCCAAUAGUGCGCGUGCRCCGUUGCCUAAAGUUUCCUAUACUAAAGCCAUUGAUUGGUUCUUGUUGAUGUGUCUUGUGUACGUGUUUGGAGCUUUAAUGGAAUACGCCAUUGUUAACUUUUAUGCUUGYGAAGUACAAAAGAAAAAACAGGACAGAAUAAAUGAGCUUUCAAACAAAAUGAGAAAAGAAUGGAUGAAUUUUAGUAUCGGUAAUGAAGAAUCCGAUUCAGUCAAUGAAGAUGAGGAAACUCUACAAGAUGGUAACGAAGAAUCUAGAACAGAUGACAACCAAGCACCAUUUAGGUCUUUAACAGCGGUAGUUAUAGACGGAAAGAACCCUUUUUUACGAAGUACAGAUCUUUAUAAAAGGAAUUCUAAACCGAAAACGGUCAAAACAAAGGAAGUUCGUAACAGUUAUACCGAGGACAAUGAGACGACGACACAAAAUGGUCAGGCUAARCCUUACUAUGUAUGGGAUCCCUAUGGACAGGCGGCCUUUUUAUCAUCUGAGCGUGCGUACUGCGUUGAUCGUUAUGCACGAAUAGGGUUCCCAGUAACCUUUGCUAUACUCACGUCUGUAUAUUGGAUCGUCUAUGCUCCUGAUAGAAUUAUUUUUUAAAGGAAUUAGCAUGUUUUUUAUUGUUGACCCAAAAGCAUCGAUACAGGAAUUAAUUUGCAUGAAUUAAAUACCUGGUGAUCCCGGUCUACAAUCAUGUAAAGCGAUAUGCGGAUUAAUUUGACAGGGUCUGACACUUUACAAGAAAAUACUAAACCAACAUUUGGUACGCGCAAGAAAAAAAAUAAAUAAAUUGCCCUAUUGCAUAAUGACGUCACAGUAGGUUUAAAGUAGGAUGCUAAGAAACAGUUAAAAUUUCUCUCUCUCAAUUGCAUCUAGUUUUGAUAUAUACCAUGCAUAAAUGAUUGUUCAUGUACAUUUUCAUUUGAUAUACAGUCAUUCUGUCCUCCUUAAUCGACCAUAAUCCUUAUAGCAUGUUUUGAUGUGACGUAAUUAUGCCAUAGGACAAUUACAUUUGCAAUUUAUAUGGUAAAAGUUUUAAUAAGUUAUUUAUAUGACAGACUCUUUUAUUAAUGCACCUAAAGGCCUAUGAGAGCCUUGUAUCAACAUAUAUACUGUAUAUCAAGCCAUAUCAAGGAAGCUAUUGUACAUAGUCCAGAAAUAAUUAUUUAUAGCUUUCGASAUGGAGAAUACAUGACGCUAAUACAAGCAUCAAUGCUGUUGGAAUAGGAUGCUGGGUAAUAGRAACAUUAUUGAUCGUCUGGUAUAGCAUAUUGUCCUUCUCAAGUCGUUCCAUAUCAGGAACAGGAUUCCUGUGUAUUCUUGUGCUGAAGAGACUGGAAACKUAUGUCGUCAUUACAUGCAUUAUGGAACCCAUAUCGAUUCUAGCACUAAUAUCGUCUCGGUCGCAAAGUGGUUACAUAUGAUACMCGUCUGGAAAGUUUUACUAUAUACAUUAUUCAGUUUCCAGUUCAAUUAGCAGUCCUGGUCACAUGGUAUUCAAGGCAGUAAUAAGAUAAUAAAGAAAACUUAGAUGUAACAAGUUCCGCCUGGCCUGUUUUUUUAAUGCACCAUUACCAGGAAGAAAGUGUUGGAAAAUGUACAUUUGCUUGGUGUUCUGGUCAAAGGCUGGYMCUAAGUUUGUAGAAAAAAACGUAUAAUAUAUUGCAAAGUUUGUAUGCCCCUGCGGAGCAUUACUGUGGAUGGGGUUAUCGUCGCUCACMGUGGAAAGGUGUAGCAAUGCAAGUUUGAAAUAAAUAAUUUACUUCUA